AUAGACAUCCACAAACCCAGCAGAAGCGGGCUGCAGUCUCAUCUCUAAAGCAAGAACCCGACACGAACUCAACCCAACAUCGCUAUGGGAUCUUACAGGACUUUAACUUUACCGCUUCUCAGUUUGUUGGGAUGGACCCUGAUCUCUGCCUUCAACCUGGACACAGACAAUGUUAUCAGGAAAACGGGAGAUGCCAACAGCUUGUUCGGGUUCUCCCUUGCCAUGCACCGACAACUCAGACCAGCUGAUAAAAGAAUACAGAUCUUGGUCUAUAUGGUUGUUCACUUACAGAAGGCAUUAGUAGUGAUUGUUGGAAAUAUCAACAUUCUUGUGCAUGUAGAAAACCUGGAAACUGAAAAUAAGCAAAACCAGUGGAUGGGAGUAACUGUACAGAGCCAGGGACCUGGAGGAAAGAUAUUGGUCUGUGCGCAUCGCUACCAGCGACGCUUAUUUGUGGACUCAGUUCAGGAGCUGCGUGACAUCACGGGUCGUUGCUACGUACUAAGUGAGGACCUAACGAUUAAUAAUACCUCGGAUGAAGACGGAGGGGACUGGAUGUUCUGUAAAGGGAGAAACAGAGGACACGAGCGCUUCGGAUCAUGCCAGCAGGGUCUCUCUGCCACAUUCACAAAGGACUAUCACUAUCUGGUGUUUGGAGCACCGGGUGCUUACAACUGGAAAGGAGUGGUGCGGAUGGAGCAGAAGAACAGCUCUCUGUGGGAUGAGAAUAUCUAUGAUGACGGCCCAUAUGAAGUUGGAGACGAGGGCCGACUUGAUCCAGACCUGGUGCCUGUCCCUGCUAACAGUUAUUUAGGUUUCUCUCUGGACUCUGGAAAAAUGCUGACCAAGAGAGGUCAGUUGACUAUAGUUGCUGGGGCUCCAAGAGCCAAUCACAGUGGGGCAGUUGUGCUAUUAAAGAAGGACGACGUUAAACCAUCCAUGAUGACAGCUGAAUACAUCCUGGAGGGUGCCGGACUUGCCUCUUCCUUUGGCUAUGAUCUUGCAGUGCUUGACAUUAAUGGAGAUGGGUGGCAGGACAUUGUAGUCGGAGCACCUCAGUACUUUAUUAAGGAUGGUUAUAUCGGUGGGGCCAUCUAUGUUUAUCUUAACGAGGAAGGGGCUUGGGACAAGAUCACCCCCAAGAGAAUUGAGGGAGCUGCUGAUUCCAUGUUUGGUUUGGCUGUGGAAAACAUGGGAGAUGUGAACCUGGAUGGUUAUCAUGAUGUUGCAGUUGGUGCCCCAUAUGACAGUAAUGGAGCUGGAAACGUAUAUAUCUUCCAUGGUUCACCUCAAGGUCUUAAAAAAGCCCAGGUUCUUGGAGGACAAGAUCACAACGUGAAACUCUUUGGAUACUCUCUUGCUGGGAACAUGGAUUUAGACAGAAAUAAUUACCCUGAUCUGGCUAUCGGAUCUCUCUCUGAUUCAGUGUUUGUGUACAGGGCACGGUCAGUUAUCAGCAUUGAAAAGACUGUCACCACCACUCCAAAGGAGCUAGACCUCACUCAGAAAAACUGUGGAGACACUAUAUGCCUUGAUGUAAAAGCCUGCUUCAAAUUUUCAGUCAAACCCAAAACCUACAAUCCUACUCUGAAGGUGAAAUACUCUAUCAAGGUUGAAUCUGAACGGAAGAAACUUAAUCUUCCUUCUAGAGUCAUCUUCAACCCGCGCUCAGCCAAUGAUUAUGAAAGCACAGGAGUCGUAGAGCUCAAGGGUCAGGGCACAGAAAGCUGCGUUACCAGAGGCCUCAGACUGCAGGAAACCCUAAGAGACAAACUGAGAGGUAUCCCGAUUGAAGUCUCUGUGGAGAUCCUGAAGCCAUCCACACGCAGGAAGAGACAGAGCGCUCUCCCUAACCUGCUUCCCAUCCUGGACACUAACCAAGACGCCACCACUCUUACCAAGGUUCAGUUUAUCAAGGAAGGAUGUGGUGCUGAUCAUGUCUGUCAGAGUGACCUGCAACUACAGUAUAAAUUCCACACCAGGGAACCAAACAGAGACAUCUUUCACCCAUUACCUGAGGAAAAUGGAGUUCCCAUCCUGUCUCUUAGUGAUCAGAAGGACAUAGCCUUGGAGAUCAAGGUGGCGAACCAGGGUGAAGAUGCUUAUGAAGCGCAGCUGUCUUCCUCGUUCCCCAAAUCCCUCUCUUAUUCUGCCGUUCGCAUUCAAUCUGGUGAUAAACCAGUCAUCUGUCUAGCCAAUCAGAAUGGGUCACAAGCCGAUUGUGAUCUUGGAAAUCCAUUCAAAAAAGAUGCUGAGACAACUUUUUACAUCAUUCUGAACACGGGAGGAAUUUCUUUGGAUACAACUGAAAUUGAAAUUGACCUUAAACUCAAAACGACAAGUGAUCAGAAGCAGUUACAAGCAAUCAAAGCCAAAGCCAUUGUUAAGAUCCAGCUGCUGUUGUCCCUCUCAGGCAUUGCUAAGCCAUCUCAGGUCUACUUUACCGGAGAAGUUAAAGGAGAGAGCGCAAUGAAGUUGGCAACUGAUGUCGGCAGUCCAAUUGACUAUGAAUUCAGGGUUACAAAUUUGGGUAAACCCCUUCAAUCAUUCGGCAAGGCUUCUAUGAUUAUCCAAUGGCCUAAGCACAACUCUCAGGGCAAGUGGCUGCUGUACCUCAUGAAGAUGACCCCAACCGGUUUAGACAGCUUCAGCUGCUCCAAUCAAGAUGAGGUCAACAAACUCGGUUUGAAGGAGCCUUCAGUGUCACGAACUAAACGUGAAAUUGGGGAAACUCCUGCAAAAGAGGGAACAACCUCUCUCUUUACCGACAAGAGGAAAUACACAGUUUUGUCGUGUGAGGAUGGGGCGGAGUGUAUAGCAUUCAAAUGCCCUCUUACGGGAAUGGACAGCAAUGCUGUCAUCAGCCUGAGAGCUUACCUUUGGAACUCUACCUUCCUGGAGGACUAUGCAAAAUUUAACUACAUUGAUAUUAUCGUCAAGGCAUCACUUGAUUUAAAGACCUCAGCUACAAAUAUACAGCUGAAAAAUGAACCAGCACUGGCACGCGUUACCGUGUUUCCGGAGCGCAAAGUUGCGCAGUACGGCGGUAUGCCCUGGUGGGUCAUACUGGUGGCCAUUUUACUCGGACUCCUUUUGCUGGGCCUUUUGGUCUUCUUGCUUUGGAAGUGUGGAUUUUUCAAACGUUCCAAGUAUGAUGACAGCGUCCCUAGUUAUAAUGCUGUGCGGAUAAAGAGGGAAGAGAGGGGAAAAGAGCCGGGGAAAGAGGAAAUGGAUCCUCCGGAGAAGAAGCAAUGGAUGACUUCUUGGAAUGAAAAUGAGAGCUACUCAUAGCUAAAUGCUAAUCUGAUUGAAAUCAAACCAAAGACUCCCUUCCUAAGGCCUUUAAUGCUUACUUUUGCACACGCUGAACUUUUCUUACUGUUACUAUUCUAUCAAAACAUGAAAGGAAACAUUUGAGCUUGAUAGAGAUUGUAUUACAAAAUGGUGUCUGGAAGACGUAUGAUGAACAAGGAUAAAAAAAAAAAGUUUACUUGAGUUUUGUUUUAAAUUACAAUUUGCUUCCAUGUUCCACCCCCAUUUUCAUAUCACA